AGUCUAGAGCAGCACUAGCGCAGAGUGAGACUCAUCAGCUGGCAAGCGGGGCUCGGUGUCUCUGGGUUCCGGAAUCCUUGGCCAGUAGAAGGGACUCACUCCUCAGCCCCAUCACUGUGCCUGCCUCUACCGAGAGAGGACCGAUGGAGGGAGGUCCGUGGCUAACGGCUUCUGAGCCGGUCCAUGCAGGCCCAUCACCCUGACCCCUCCUGCCUUGGUUUCUGCCUUGUCUCUGUCUUUGGCUAGCUGGGGGAGGGGGUAGAGUCCGGGUGAGCAACAUGGCCCAGAGCAAGAGGCACAUGUACAAUCGGACGCCGAGUGGCAGCAGGAUGAGCACGGAGGCAAGUGCCCGGCCCCUGCGGGUGGGCUCCCGUGUGGAGGUGAUUGGGAAGGGCCACCGUGGUACUGUGGCCUAUGUUGGAGCCACACUCUUUGCCACUGGCAAAUGGGUGGGUGUGAUCCUGGAUGAAGCAAAAGGCAAGAACGAUGGCACCGUUCAGGGAAGAAAGUAUUUCACGUGUGAUGAAGGCCACGGCAUCUUUGUACGCCAAUCCCAGAUCCAAGUAUUUGAAGAUGGAGCAGAUACUACUUCCCCAGAGACUCCUGAUUCUUCUGCUUCAAAGGUCCCCAAGAGAGAGGGAGCUGAUGCAGCUGCAAAGACCAGCAAACUGCGGGGACUGAAGCCUAAGAAGGCACCGACAGCCCGAAAGACCACAACUCGACGGCCCAAGCCUACUCGCCCAGCCAGUACUGGGGUGGCUGGGCCCAGUAGCUCCCUUGGCCCCUCUGGAUCAGCAUCAGCCGGUGAACUGAGCAGCAGUGAGCCCAGCACCCCAGCUCAGACGCCGCUGGCAGCACCCAUCAUCCCCACACCGGCCCUCACCUCUCCUGGAGCAGCACCCCCACUUCCUUCUCCCUCUAAGGAAGAGGAAGGGCUGAGGGCCCAGGUACGGGACCUGGAGGAGAAGCUGGAGACUCUGCGUCUAAAACGCUCAGAAGACAAAGCAAAGCUGAAAGAGCUGGAGAAGCACAAGAUCCAGCUGGAGCAGGUGCAAGAAUGGAAGAGCAAAAUGCAGGAGCAGCAGGCAGACCUGCAACGGCGCCUCAAGGAGGCGCGGAAGGAAGCCAAGGAGGCGCUAGAGGCCAAGGAGCGCUACAUGGAGGAGAUGGCGGACACAGCCGACGCCAUCGAGAUGGCCACUCUGGACAAGGAGAUGGCCGAAGAGCGCGCUGAGUCUCUGCAGCAGGAGGUGGAGGCACUGAAGGAACGUGUCGAUGAGCUCACCACAGACCUGGAGAUCCUCAAGGCUGAGAUUGAAGAGAAAGGCUCUGAUGGGGCCGCAUCAAGCUACCAGCUCAAGCAGCUAGAGGAGCAGAACGCCCGCCUGAAGGAUGCCCUGGUGAGGAUGCGAGAUCUCUCUUCCUCGGAGAAGCAGGAGCAUGUGAAGCUCCAGAAGCUCAUGGAAAAGAAGAACCAGGAGCUGGAGGUUGUGAGGCAGCAGCGUGAGCGUCUUCAGGAGGAGCUGAGCCAGGCAGAGAGCACCGUCGAUGAGCUCAAAGAGCAGGUGGAUGCUGCUCUGGGAGCCGAGGAGAUGGUGGAGAUGCUGACUGACCGGAAUCUGAAUCUGGAGGAGAAAGUGCGGGAAUUACGGGAGACUGUGGGGGACUUGGAAGCCAUGAAUGAGAUGAAUGACGAGUUACAGGAGAAUGCACGUGAGACAGAGUUGGAGCUGCGUGAGCAGCUGGACAUGGCAGGCGCCCGCGUGAGGGAGGCCCAGAAGCGAGUGGAAGCUGCCCAGGAGACAGUUGCCGACUAUCAGCAGACCAUCAAGAAGUACCGCCAGUUGACUGCUCACCUGCAGGAUGUCAAUCGGGAGCUGACAAACCAACAGGAAGCAUCUGUGGAGAGACAGCAGCAGCCACCGCCAGAGACGUUUGAUUUCAAAAUCAAGUUUGCUGAGACCAAGGCCCAUGCCAAGGCAAUUGAGAUGGAGUUGAGACAGAUGGAGGUUGCCCAGGCCAACCGGCACAUGUCCCUGCUGACAGCCUUUAUGCCUGACAGCUUCCUUCGGCCGGGUGGAGACCAUGACUGCGUCCUGGUCCUGCUGCUCAUGCCCCGACUCAUCUGCAAGGCAGAGCUCAUCCGGAAACAGGCCCAGGAGAAGUUUGACCUAAGUGAGAACUGUUCAGAGCGGCCUGGGCUGCGAGGAGCUGCUGGGGAGCAGCUGAGUUUUGCUGCUGGGCUGGUGUACUCACUGAGUCUGCUGCAGGCCACACUGCACCGCUAUGAGCAUGCCCUCUCUCAGUGCAGUGUGGACGUGUAUAAGAAAGUCGGUAGCCUGUACCCAGAGAUGAGUGCCCACGAGCGCUCCUUGGACUUCCUCAUUGAGCUGCUGCACAAGGAUCAGCUGGAUGAGACUGUCAACGUGGAGCCCCUCACCAAGGCCAUCAAGUAUUACCAGCAUCUGUACAGCAUCCACCUCGCUGAACAGCCCGAGGAUUCCACCAUGCAGCUGGCUGACCAUAUCAAGUUCACCCAGAGUGCCCUGGACUGUAUGAGCGUGGAGGUGGGGCGGCUGCGUGCCUUCUUGCAGGGUGGGCAGGAGGCAACAGAUAUUGCGCUUCUUCUCCGAGACCUGGAAACAUCAUGCAGUGACAUCCGUCAGUUCUGCAAGAAGAUCCGAAGGCGAAUGCCAGGGACGGACGCUCCUGGGAUCCCAGCAGCACUGGCCUUUGGCUCACAGGUAUCUGACACACUCCUCGACUGCAGGAAGCACUUGACAUGGGUGGUAGCUGUUCUGCAGGAGGUGGCAGCUGCAGCUGCCCAGCUUAUUGCCCCCUUGGCAGAGAACGAGGGGCUGCCUGUGGCUGCACUGGAGGAGCUGGCUUUCAAAGCAAGCGAGCAGAUCUAUGGGAGCCCCUCCAGCAGCCCCUACGAGUGUCUACGCCAGUCAUGCACCAUCCUCAUCAGCACAAUGAACAAGCUGGCCACAGCCAUGCAGGAAGGCGAGUAUGAUGCAGAGCGGCCCCCGAGCAAGCCUCCUCCGGUUGAACUUCGGGCUGCAGCCCUGCGUGCAGAGAUCACAGAUGCUGAAGGUCUGGGUCUGAAGCUUGAGGAUCGAGAGACAGUCAUCAAGGAGUUAAAGAAGUCACUUAAGAUCAAGGGAGAGGAGCUGAGUGAGGCCAACGUGCGGCUGAGCCUCCUGGAAAAGAAGCUGGACAGCGCUGCCAAGGACGCAGAUGAGCGGAUCGAGAAAGUUCAGACUCGGCUGGAGGAGACUCAGACCCUGCUGCGGAAGAAGGAGAAAGACUUUGAGGAGACGAUGGAUGCUCUCCAGGCUGACAUCGACCAGCUGGAGGCAGAGAAGGCAGAGCUCAAGCAGCGCCUGAACAGCCAGUCCAAGCGCACAAUUGAGGGGCUCCGGGGCCCCCCUCCGUCAGGCAUUGCUACCCUGGUCUCUGGCAUUGCUGGUGAGGAACAACAGCGAGGGGGCGCUCCUGGUCAGGCUCCAGGCGCCUUGCCAGGCCCAGGGCUGGUGAAAGACUCACCGCUGCUGCUUCAGCAGAUCUCUGCUAUGAGGUUACACAUCUCUCAGCUCCAGCAUGAGAACAGCAUCCUCAGAGGAGCCCAGAUGAAGGCGUCCUUGGCAGCUCUGCCCCCUCUGCAUGUUGCAAAGCUUUCCCUCCCACCCCAUGAGGGCCCUGGGGGUAACCUAGUGUCUGGGGCACUGUAUCGCAAGACCAGCCAGCUACUGGAGAAGCUAAACCAGCUGAGCACCCACACCCACGUGGUAGACAUCACUCGAAGCAGCCCAGCUGCCAAGAGCCCGUCAGCUCAGCUUAUGGAACAAGUGGCUCAGCUCAAAUCCCUGAGUGACACCAUUGAGAAGCUCAAGGAUGAGGUCCUCAAGGAGACAGUAACUCAGCGUCCUGGAGCUACUGUCCCCACCGACUUUGCCACCUUCCCUUCAUCUGCCUUCCUCAGGGCCAAGGAAGAGCAACAAGAUGACACAGUCUACAUGGGCAAAGUGACCUUUUCAUGUGCGGCAGGCCUAGGACAGCGACACCGCCUGGUGCUGACCCAGGAGCAGCUACACCAGCUUCACAGUCGCCUCAUCUCCUAAGCACUCCUUCCUGCCUUCCCUUUGGUGCAGCCCCCCUGGUACCACUGUCCAGUGCACGGCCACCUCAGCCACUCCCGGGUUGAACCACAUGCUAACCUCUUGAGUGGUUCAGCUUCACCUGGUCUGGUCAGGGUCCUGCUACUUGCGUAACCUGGGUUUGCCUGUCCACCCCUGGCCUCUUCCAUAUUUGCUGUUCAUCUGCUCCCUCUUUCCUGAGGGGCCUCAGGGCAUUGGAGGGGGCUGACACCCCUCCACUAAAGAUUGAGUGAGGUCUCCCUGACUGAGGACUUCACCCCUUGAUUAAAGCAACUUCUGCUUCACUG